AGGUGCUCCCUUGUCGGUCGUUUGAUAGAUGGUUCAAACAUAUUACAUAUGCCCUGAGGUCUUUCUCGUGCGCCUUUUGUUCGUCGAAACAGGUUUGGGCGACGCUCAUCACGAGCAUGCUGUUCCUCGCCAUCUUGCUGACGAUACCUUUGGCAGGCGGCAGAAGUCGUUUGCGCAUAUUCACUGACCAGCUCAUUAGCCUGAUCGGAAACUUGUUCUUCGAAGCUACACCGGCGCCCCCGGAGGAUUCGUACAGUCGCUGGCUGAUCUCCUUCUGGUGGAUCGUGGUCAUGGUGGUCAUGACAGGGUUCACGGGUAUCAUGAAAGCCAGCAUGAUGGUCAAGGACCAAACGGGACGCAUAAACACGCUCCAGGACGUCAUGGCGCGGCCUGAAGUCCGACCCCUCGUCAUCAGCGGAAGCACAUACGAACGACUCUUCAGCACGUCAACUCGGCCUGACUAUCAGCGCCUCUGGAGACAGGUGCAGCGCUGGAAGGCUGUGGCACCGCCCAGCUGGGUCCUGAGCAAACCAGCUUUCGAUAUGCUUUUGGAGGAGAAAGCCAUCUUCUUCUGCGACGACAUCCUUCUCUACUGGACCGUCGCGCGCCUCUACCCGAACGGCUUCGAGGGAGAGUUCUACAUGGGCACUGACUACUUCCUCAACAACGAGUUCACCAUGUUCGUGCGGCGCGCGCUUGACAAGGAGCUGACCAAGAAAAUUCACCUGAGGCUCCGUUGGCUGUGGGAGGCCGGACUGCCCCAGGAGUGGAAGCGAAGCGCCAUGGAGUCGGUGCGCAAAUCAGCAAGCACGCAGGCGACCGACGUGGCAGCCAUGAAGCUCACCGACGUGGGAGCAAUCUUCUAUCUGAUGCUCUUCGGACAGGCGUUAGCAUGCAUUGUCGUCCUGUUCGAAGUGUUUGCCGGCAGGCUGCUGCCGGCCGCAUCGCGGGCCCUUGGGCAGCGCUCACGCCAAGGGGAACACACCAGUGGCGGUGGGAAUUCGCUGCCCGUCUCGGUGGUCCAAACGGGACAGCGCAUAGGUACGGCCGAACAUCUUCUGUGGAGCUGCUCUGCCUUUGACACGAUCCGAGAAAGGACACUUCACUCCCUGGGCGGGAACCGACCUGGCACCCUGCAGGAGUGUCUCGACCCGCCAUCGCACAUCGGGCCCAAGGACUCACUCCAGCUUUGGCGUGCUUUCCUGGACUUUUUCAGGGAAAAGGAAGAGCCUGGCCCCCUCUUCGCAGAGCCGACCUCGGGAAAACUCCACUUCGAGGAAGAGGAGAGCACCGGUCCCCCUCCCCCACCCCCAUAG